GGGCGGGCGGCCGGGGCGUGCCCAGUCGGCGACGGGAGGCGACGCGACUGGACGGGACGGGCCUGCGGUGUGCGUGCGAGCGAGCGAGCGAAGGAGCCCCAUGGAGUCGGGCUGGCUGCUGUGGGGGCCGCCGCUGGCGCUGCUGCUGGCGCUGCUGCUGGAGCUGAGCCCCCCGCUCCGCUUCCGCGCCAAGGUCUUCUCCUACUGCGCCCUCUGCCUCCUGGCCUCCACCCUCACCGUCCCCGUCUGUCUCCUCUGCCACGGCGGACGCACCGUCCACAACAUGAGGAUCAUCAAGAACGUUGUCCGGAGCUUCAAAUACCUGUACGGACUGCGGUUUGACGUGAAGGGUCUGGAGCACUUUGAGGUGGAGGGCCCGUGUGUCAUUGUGUCCAACCACCAGAGCAUCUUGGAUAUGAUGGGGCUGAUGGAGGUCCUGCCGGACCGCUGCGUCCAGAUUGGCAAGCGGGAGCUGCUGUACUUUGGCUCCGUGGGCCUCAUCAUGUACCUGGGUGGGGUCAUCUUCAUCAACCGGAGGAGCACCAGCAAUGCCAAGUCCGUGAUGUCGGGGGUCGGCCAAGCCAUGGCCAAGGACAACGUGAAGGUCUGGAUCUACCCAGAGGGCACCAGGAACGGGAAUGGGGACCUCUUGCCGUUCAAGAAGGGAGCAUUCCAUCUGGCCAUCCAGACGCAGGUUCCAGUCAUUCCUGUGGUGUAUUCCUCCUUUAAUACGUUUUACAACCCGGAGAAGAAUCUGUUUACAUCAGGCAGAAUCCAGGUUGAAGUCCUGCCACCCAUCCCCACCUGCGGCCUGACAGCCACGGACGUCACGGACCUCAGCGACAGGUGCUACGCCGCCAUGAGGGAGACUUUCUUCAGACUGCCAGGAGCAGCUGGCAGAGUGAAUGGAUCCACACCCGGCUUUGCUCAGUAGCCACGGGGCUCCUGCACACCCGACCAAAGGACUCCUCCCUGUUGCCAAAUAAGUCAGUGGCUCCCUUGCUUGGGGCGGGGAACUCUUUUCCCCCUUCAGACCGGCAGCCCCUGAGGAGGAGGAGGUCUGACUCGGUAUUGACCGGAGCACUCUCCAGAACUCUUUGCUUGGAGCUCCACUCCGUCCCUACCACUGACCCAUUUGGUAUUUUCCAGCUGCUCAGACUGGUGAAAUCCAGAAAGGCACCCCCUCCUCCCCCCCGCACAUUUGGUGGGGCAGGGUGUGUCUGCAGACCUGGGGGCUUAUAGGGACCCGCUCAUCCUUUCAAGGGGUGGAGAACACUACGGUGCUGGGCUCCACUUUGCUCUGCUUGGGGUUGGCCCCGGCCUCUCUGGCUGACCAAGAGCAGAGGCCACAACUUUCACAAAGGUGUGCAUGUGGGGGCUGGGGGUGGGGAUAUAUGGCACUUUGCACAAAGCCUUGCCUUUGGUAGCCGGAAGACUUGCUCUGGGAUGUGAGAGGGCUGAGCUUGCAAGGGCCCGAGUGACUCUCUCAAGUUUUGGUUGGAAAAGCUUGCUGGUCAGAUGCCAAAUCGCUCUUUCAAAAGGAAAGUGAAGUGUUCGGGUUGGGCAAGUGAACUCAAGGAUCAGCUCCCGCCAGAACCAUCGUCACAAGAUAAUAGUUUCUGCUUCUUUGGCACAAGUAUGUAAAAAAAGUGUAAUUAAAACUGGAACCUCCCCCUCUGUAGUGGCGUAGAGCUCUCCACACUAUUAGAUUUUGGGUCACUCACGAGGAUCUGAGGUUCACUGCACAGGCAGUGCGGCCUCAGUUGAAUUACAGUCUCUGUACACCUGCUCUGCCUGGCCGGCCAAAAUGCAUCUGCUUUAGGUUGUUUUUUACCCCCAGUAUCGGAGAGUGCAUUUCCGUAAUCGCUGUCGAGUGAUCCCAUUGGCUAUAGUGGGAUUGUCUUUUUGAAAGGCACUGAUUUUAAGACCACAGCCAAGGGCACUCCCCCA